AUGUGCUCUAUGCUGGGUGGAGUCUCAGGACAUCAUCGCCUUCGUACUCAAUGCGGCAUCUGCGGCCAGGUAUUGUUGGCUGGCGUUAGCUUUGUGGCUUUGCUAGGUAACGGUCUUGAACCCGAAUCAGGACUUUGUCUUGAUCGUGGAGUAUUCCCAGACUCUCGGAGCAUUAGAAUUGGCAGAAAUGUCCUAUGCUGGGCACCGAGCUGCCGGCGAUGCAUAGAUGCUACUGAUGCAGUAGGCUUGCAUUCUACCUGCCUGGACCUGUUCCGAGAACACUGCAAAAUCGAAAAUGCGGUUGAAAGAUUGUGGAUAACGAUUGGCAAGAGAAACCUCUGGCAACGGGCUCCAAUUCUUCAGCUAGAUCGUGAAACGGGACUUGACAUUGAGAUUGUCCGCGAGAAGGCAGAAGCUUAUGGUAUUCGAAUACUGAAGCUUCUACCACCAGAGCUCAUCCACAUGAUACGAGAGUACAGCGAUUCAGCAACGUUUUGGCGCUACAUACAUGUUCUCAGCCUAGCUCGGGAGCUGUCCUGCUUGCAGCCCGACGUUGUUCCACGGAUUGCUUGGAUACCUUUGUGUAAUAUCCUAUCUUGGACACGAGGAGAUUACGCUGCUGUGUUAUCAAGCAACUGCCCGCCAUUAGUACGUUUGACUCUCGAUUACAGGGGGAUACGUAAGAUCGAGAGGCUGUCGAAAUCAUCAUACGAGCCCAGACGGUCGGACAGGGAGGCAUUUGUCAUUUCGCCUGCGAUAUGCUUUCAGGAUGUUGUCGCUGUGCUAAAGUUUCACGUGUUGCGGCUUGAACUCCCUUCAUCUCUGUUGGGGUUUCAUAUCUGGGAUACCCCCAACCCCCCUGAUAUUGAGGAUUGUGACUUUUACGGCCGCGUGACACCGGCCAUGCAAUUCAAGACCACCAACCUACGCAGUGUAACGGGCCUCACUUUCUUCUUCUCUUUUAGUAAGCUCUACGCAAUACACGCGCAUACACAUGCGAGACCUUGUGCAACGAAAACAUUCAACCGCCUUCCUGCGAAGCGACAGGAAAGUGUCGUAUGGAUAUAUUUACCGAUGCCGAGAGAUGAAGAAAUCACCGCGAUCGCGAUGCGGUUGAAGGUCGAAGGAGGAGGGGCUACAACGCAGAAGCCUUUUUUCAUGAUUCGUACAAAGCUAGCUGGGGAUGUAUAUGUUGGCCCAUGCCACCUUAGGCAGCACAGAGACAUCGUUCUCAGCCAGUCAAGUCCAGAACUGCUCAUUCAUAGUGUUGCAGAUGUCGGACCAGCUACUGUAUUCGGAACAUAUCCGCGCAAGCAGCACCGGGAUACUUUCUCGCCGUUUGACAGCCGCUGGCCGAAUAUGGAUCCUCUUCUUCAUCUAAUGUUCGAGCAUAUGUAUCUUUCAGUGGCGCCGUUAAAGGACGUGACUGGUAUUCAGGUUCUCGAAGACGAGGACUUUGAAUGCAAAGGCAUGAUAUUCGACUAUAGCAACGGUGCUCAGAGAGCCUUGGGGGACUGUAGAUUUGGUCUUUAUCGUGCCAAAGCGUAUGUGAGGCCACGGCGGUUGUGCUACUGUCAUGUCCAACCUACACCGGCAAUAGUGCGAGGCGUUCACGUCGAGAUCGGAAAUGAGUCGAGCCAUGCACACAGUGGCGAUGACUGGAAGUGUUCGGAAAUGGAAGGGAAUAUCAUGUUUUGGUUUUCUAAGGAACAUUCAGUCAUCGUCCGCCACCCCGUCGAGAACACAACAGCGCAGUAA